AUGGUGUGCAGACAGAGAGGAGCUUCUGGGAUUCCUUUAAGCUGGUUCAGUGCAGGCUGGAGCAUCUCCUGGUCAAUUUCUCUCUUCUUCACCCUUGUGACUUCAGUGAACUCAGCAGAUGUCUCUCAGUCGGUGGAUCCUGUCUUCCCAGGAACUAUCAUUUGUGAUGAAAAUGGAAUAAUAGUGAAGUUUUCACAUGGUCUUGACACUGAGAAAUGGAAUGCAUCUGUGGUGGAUCCCUUUGCUGUUGAAAUGCUGAACUGUACUUAUAUCCUGGACCCAGAGAAGCUCACCCUGAGUGCCCCAUAUGAUGACUGUACCAUGAGAGUGCAUGGUGGGCACCAGAUGACCAUCAGAUUCAUUAACAACAGUGCUGAUCUAAAACCUGGGGCUAACAUAUACCAGUUCUUCUGCCCAGCUAUGCAAGUAGAAGAUACCCAUGGGGCUGCAACGUCUAUAAUCUGCAAGAAGGACUCUAUGUCUUUUUCCUUGCCACGGAUGUUCUCCAGUUUAGCUGAUGACAGUGAGGAGUCCAGUAUGAAGAUGGGAUGGAGCAUUGAGGUUGGUGAUGGUCUAGAAGCCAAAACCCUCUCCUUAUCAGAGGCCAUGAAUCAAGGCUUUAAUCUCCUGAUUGACAACCACAAGAUGAUCUUCCAUGUGCCAUUCAGUGGUACUGGAGUGACUCGCUAUGUGCAAGGUAACAGUCAUCUUUACAUGGUGUUUCUGAAGCUUACAUUUGAAUCUCCUGGGCAGAAGGUGGUCUUCUCAUCACAAGGUAUCUGUGUGUCAGAUCCUGUGACCUGUAAUGCCACACACAUGACUCUUACCAUACCUCAGUUUCCUGGGAAGCUGAAGUCUGUGAGCUUGGAAAACAAGAACAUUCCUGCGAGCAAGCUGCAUGACAAUGGGAUUGAUAUAGAAGCAACAAAUGGCUUGAGAUUACAUUUCAGCAAAACUCUUCUCAAAACAAAAUUCUCUGAAAAAUGCCUACUUGAUAAGUUCUACUUAGCAUCACUCAUGCUGACCUUCUACCUUCGACUAGAGACCGUAUCCAUGGUGAUCUCUCCUGAGUGUCUCUGUGAGUCACCAGUUUAUAUAGUUACAGAUGAGCUGUGCACCCGAGAUGGGUUUAUGGACUUCGAGGUCUACAGCCACCAAACAAAACCAGCUCUCAACCUGAGCACCCUCAGGGUUGGAAAUUCAUCCUGCAGGCCUAUCUUUAAGGCUCAGUCUCAAGAGCUGGUACGGUUUCACAUACCUCUGAAUGGAUGUGGAACGAGACAUAAGUUUGAAAAUGACAGAGUUAUCUAUGAAAAUGAAAUACAUGCUCUUUGGACAGAUCUUCCUCCAAGCAAAAUAUCCAGGGAUAGUGAGUUCAGAAUGACAGUGAAGUGCUCGUAUAGCAGGGAUGACAUGCUACUAAACUUCAGUGUCAAAAGUCUUCCUUAUCCAGUGGCCUCAGUGAAGCCAGGUCCACUUACCUUAAUCCUGCAGACCUACCCAGAUAGCUCCUACCAACAACCUUAUGGGAACGAUGAAUACCCUCUAGUGAAAUACCUCCGCCAACCAAUUUACAUGGAAGUGAGAAUUCUUAACAGGGAUGACCCCAACAUCAAGCUGGUCUUAGAUGACUGCUGGGCAACAUCUACUGCAGACCCAGAGUCUCUUCCCCAGUGGAAUAUUGUCAUGGAUGGCUGUGUGUACAACAUGGACAACUACCAAACCACCUUCCACCCUGUUGGUUCCACUGUGACCCAUCCUGGUCUCUAUCAAAGGUUUGAUGUGAAGACCUUUGCCUUUGUCUCAGAAGCCCAGGAGCUCUUUAGCCUAGUCUACUUCCACUGCAGUGCCUUAAUCUGCAAUCAACUCUCUGCUGACUCCUCUCUGUGUUCUGUGACUUGCCCUAUAUCUUCUAGGCACAGGCGAGAGGUCAAACAGAAACUUAUGUCUCCAGCCACAGGGAUCACUGAAGAGAAAGUUACAGUUAGCCUCCCAGGAUCCAUUCUCCUGUUAUCAGAUGGCUCUUCAUUCAAAGGUAUGGACUUUAAAGCAAGUGGCAAUAUUAAGGAAAAGACUAAUCCUAAGACUUAAAUGUCUGUUUCCUUUCCAGAUGUUGUAGACACCAAAGGCCAUUGGGCUGCAGGAGAUGUUAUUUCUAAAGUAGUAGCUGCUAUGGCCACAUUAGCAGGUGUGGUGGCAACUGUUGGCUUCAUCAGUUAUAUACUCAAGAGAACUGUGUCAAAUCACUAA